UAUUAUAACCUCCGGUUCCGUAAGACGCCGGUUCAGUACAAAUCCCGGAGGCACUUUAGGACCAUCCAUAUUCAGGGGGGAACAGAGAGAAUUCGUUCCAUUGCCGAUAGCGCACUCAGUGUAUAAAACUAUUAUUUAAAAGAUCAAUUAAAACAAAAAAAAAAAAUACUACUUCACCAUGGUAUGUUCUAUUGAAGAUAUCGCCGAUGAGCUACCCCCAGAACAAAUCGCAGUGCUGCGCAAGGCCUUCGACAGCUUUGACCGGGAAAAAAGCGGCAGCAUCCCCACCGAUCUUGUAGCAGAUAUUCUUCGGCUUAUGGGACAACCGUUCAACAAAAAAAUUUUGGACGAACUCAUCGAUGAAGUUGACGCCGACAAAUCUGGACGGCUGGAAUUCGAAGAGUUUGUGACGUUGGCCGCCAAAUUCAUCGUCGAAGAAGAUGCCGAAGCACUUGAAAAGGAAUUGCGAGAAGCCUUCCGACUUUACGACAAGGAAGGCAACGGAUACAUUCCCACCUCGUGUCUCCGCGAAAUCCUCAGGGAACUCGACGAUCAGUUGACAGACGAAGAGCUGGACAUCAUGAUCGAGGAAAUUGAUUCCGAUGGAUCUGGAACCGUCGAUUUCGAUGAAUUUAUGGAGAUGAUGACCGGAGAAUAAUUUGCAGCAAAAGCACAUCCGACGUCCGUUUAAAUUGUGCCUAAUCGAAAGGAACGUGUGCCUAAGACGCAUAAUCGACUAAUUAAUUUACAACUAUUUUUUAUCACUGAUAAAUAUUACGUGUAAUUUCAAUUAUAUAUUUAUAUAUAUAUUUCAUUCAAUGAUUAUAUAGUUUAUUACCAUUAAACGUCAUGACGCGUCUAGAAAAAUUUUUAUACAAGAAAAAAAGCAAACAACAAACAAAGAGGAGACAAAACAACGAGAUACAAAAGAAAAAAAAACAUUCUUAUUGAAUUUGAAUGUUGGAUUACUCCUCAGAUUAUAGAGGACAUUUUUAUCACCAUGGCAGCUUUAUACAAUCUAGAGGUAUAAAGCACACACGUUUUUAUCUGCUACCAUUUCCACGAGCCUAACAAAUAACGUAUAUGGAUUAUACUCGACACAUAUGUAUAUACAUUCACCAUGUAUUGAAUAUUUUUAUUUCUAGACUGCCAAAUUCUUUUUCUUUUUUUUUAAGAGCAGUACACAUUGUUAUACGAUAUAAAUUUGAAUAAAAAUUUUAAAUUUCUA